AUGGCACCCGUCACCUUCCCCGCAACCAUCGAGGUCUCCCUCCACGACCUCGCCAAAAUGAUCGACCACUCCCUCCUCCACCCCACCAUGACUGACGAGAUCCUCGCCCAAGGCUACGCCAUCUCCAAGAAGUACGACGUCGCCACGGUCUGCAUCAAGCCCUACGCUAUCCCCUCGGCCGUCGCCGCCCUCAAAGGCACCGACGUCAAGGUCUGCCCCGUGAUCGGCUUCCCUGCCGGCAACAGCACCACCGAGGUGAAGGUCUUCGAGGCCCGCCGCGCUGCUGAGGAGGGCGGCCAGGAGAUCGACAUGGUCAUCAACAUCGGCAAGGCCCUGGGCGGGCAGUGGGACUACGUUAGGAGCGAGAUCAAGGCCGUCAACGAGGCGGUUGUGGCCGCAGGGGCAGUCCUGAAGGUCAUCUUCGAGAACGACUUCCUGGCCGAAAAGGAGAUUAUCAAGUUGUGCCAGAUCUGUAGCGAGCUGGACGUGGCGUUUGUCAAGACCAGCACGGGCUAUGGCAUGGUGAAGCAGGCGGAUGGCUCGUACAACUACAAGGGCGCGACGUAUGAGCAUUUGAAGCUGAUGCGGACGCACUCGAAGCCUGGGGUGCAGAUUAAGGCGGCGGGCGGAGUGCGCACGCUGGAUGAUCUUUUGAGGGUCAGGAGUUUGGGCGUUAGUAGGAUCGGGGCCACGGCUACAGAGGCCAUCCUGGAGGAGGCCAAGUCGAGAGGCAUUGGCGCCGAGAGGGUUACAGUGAAGGUGCAGUCGUUGUAG